CAAAAUGGCUGGACUCCAUCGCCUCCUCGCUCUCCUCGCCCUCGCCCUCGGCAGUGUAGCUGUCAGUGAGGCCGAGGACAGAGCCAAGAAUGCUGAAUUGCGUAGCCUUCCUUGCCCUGAUCCCCAGGACAUCUCCCCCUGCGUGUGCACAGUGGACCUGCAGCACAGCAUGGACAUCGACUGCUCGCAGGUGGAGAGCGAAGACCAGCUGGCUCAGGCCUUCUCCUCCUACAUCCCUUUCCCUCAUUUCCACGCGCUGUACAUCAGUGGAAACCAACAUUUGAAGAUUCUGCGAAAUGGAGACCUUGGCCCGGCUUCCUUCGAGCGGAUUUACAUAACGGGAGGCGUCCUUGAGGAGGUGCAAGACGAGGCACUAUCUCAAAGUUAUCCAACAGCAUCACAUAUUGAUUUUCAAGCGAAUAAUGUGUCGACGUUUCCAUUCCACGAACUCCCUCUCUUCACGUCGCUCGUGUAUUUACAAUUGCGCAGUAAUUCGUUCGAAAGUUUUCCUGUGUUGAAUUCCGACACUCUACAGGAAAUAGUUUUGAAUGGAAACUUGUUUGGCGAAAUUCCUCUUGAUGGAUUCCGUGGAGUUAAGAAUCUGUAUCAUAUAAGUGUCUCUGGGAAUGAUGUGGAAAUACUACGUCCAGGAACCUUCACCAACCUUCCUCAUCUUCGCUACUUGUCUCUUGAGAAUAACCAAAUAACUGACAUUCCUGCUGGAACCAUAGAAUUCAGUGGGGGAGGAGGUAGUAGUCUUCUCCUGCAAAACAACAACAUAAAGAGCAUUGCCACUGGUAGUAUUACAGGUAUCAACACUGGUCAUAUCUAUCUCACGAAGAACUCGCUGGUGGUUCUUGAGGAGGGAGUCUUCCGGCCGUUUCUGGACGGAGGAGCCACGCUGAAUGUCGACGAGAACCCCCUCGGCUGCGGCUGUGACCUCGCCUGGCUCAUCACCAACAGCAACUUCAUGGCCCUCACCUCGCCGGCUGCCUCAUGCUACGACGGAGAGCUUCUGACCAGUCUUGAUCCAACUAUUUAUGCAGAUCUGUGCUAAAUG